AUGGUCUCUGUUACGCACCUCCCAUCGACUCCGUCAUCUGUCUCAAAGCCCUCGAAAUCAAUCCUAAAGACGUUCUCAUCUGUCGCUGGCCAGAAACGCAAGCAGCUCGAUCUCACGAUCCCGUCUGAGCUCUCGACAGGAUCGGCCUACUCCGACACCAAUGCCAGCCCUACAACCGCCACCACACCCGGCGGUUCUCCUGGUCCCCGCAGAAAACGCGCCCGAGUCAAGUUUGAUAUCUCCGUGAGCUCGCCGGUGAGCCCAGUAAAGACGAUGGACACUGAAGUUGAUGAGAAGGCUGCUGAGAGAGAGAGGGCGUUGACGAGAGAGGAGGUUAGGCGCGCCAUCCAGAGACACCUGAUGGGCCAUAGUGAAGGGUACGACCGUAUCAAGGAGAUGUUUUCGGUCGAUCCCAAGGCCUUGGAAGAUGAUGGAACACCUGUCUUUGAUCUACCUAGUCCAGUGUCGCUGAAAAACCAUCUCAUGGGCCUUUUGGGCAACGUUUCAUCGCUGGACGGUUCAUGCAGUGGUCUGGUACACGCGAUGCUUAAAAGCGAAUGGGUCGGCAGAGACACGACGUAUGUCAAACUGUUUGCCCAGUUUCUGGCUACUCUAUGUGCUGCUCGUGGUGGUUACCUCAAUUCUGUCCUUAAAAUGCUCGUUAACGGCCUGCAACAAGUCGAUCCUCGAUGCGGAAACUUGCCUGAUUAUGAUCCUGUUGACAGUUCCGAGAUAUACCAUCGAGUCCACUAUGCUAUACGUUCAAUCGCGCAGGUCGUCCCCGCUUGCAGCGUUACUCUCUCCCCUAUCCUAUCCUCCAGCUUCCCCCACGACUCCGAUCCAGUAAAAAGUCAUCUUGCCUACACACGAAACCUCAUCAAGAUGAUAUCGUACCUCCCAGAACUUCGAUCUGACAUCCUUGCCCUCAUCACAGAGAAGCUGGUCAAGAUUGACGCCCAGAACCAAGUGAAUAUGGAAGAUUUGGAUGAAGAUACUCAGCAGGAUAUCAUGGACGCGCUAAAUGCUGCGGACCCGGCUACCUUUGAAAAGGAUGACGAUGAUGAUCUGGAUGAGGAGUCCGAGGUUGGUGAGGACGACGUUGAUCCGGAUCUCCAGCGCAUCAAGUCUGUAAAAGCGUGCAUGCUCAAGGUUGACUUAAUGGUCGACAUCUUGUUCGAGUACUACAACUAUCCUUUCAUCUCUGGCUCGCUUGAAGACCAAGAACAAGUUCUCGAUUUUCUCCUGGCUCAUUUCCAAAGCAUCAUUCUUCCAUCCUACCGCUCUCGACACGCUCAGUUCGUCCUCUUCCAUUUCGCUCAGGCCUCCCCCAUCUUCGUCGACCGCUUCGCCACCACAUGUAUCGAGAUCAUCCUGAGCAAGUCUCAGCCGGUUAUCAUACGCCAAUAUGCCGCUGCUUAUCUUGCCAGUUUCGUUGCUCGCGGUGCUCAUGUUUCUGGCGAUGUGAUCCGUGAUGUAUUCAGUCUACUUGGCUCACACGUCCUAUCUCUUCUGUCAUCUUACGAGACAGACUGCCGUGGCCCCGACCUCCGUCGUUAUGGGCCAUUCUACUCCACUGCUCAAGCGCUAUUCUAUAUCUUUUGUUUCCGCUGGAAAGAUCUCACCAUUGCUGCUGUCGAGGCUGAAGCAGAAGGCAACUCUCUCCCCCACCUGAAUGUUGAUGAGGUGUCUUUCUCACAGGAGAUGACCAACAUGCUACAUCGAACGAUCUACUCAAAGCUCAAUCCUCUCAAGGUCUGCUCGCCAGGCAUCGUUGCUGAAUUCGCCAAGAUCACCCACUACUUCGGUCUUCUCUACCUCUACCCGAAACUCGAGAGCAACAAACGUAUCCGCAUCCACAGCUUCCGCGGUAUGGGUUCGAUGGCCAUGGAUACAAUGUAUGGAACCAUUGAACGCGAAACUCGUGCAGACGACAACCUCGCCUUCCAAUUAGAUGACUACUUCCCCUUUGAUCCAUAUAAGAUGCCUCGCGGUGCCAGACGCCUGCGGGGUGAUUAUAUUGACUACAAGGAUGUCAGAGUCGUAGGCUUGGAUGACCGUGGUCUAGACGAGGACGACGAUGAUGACACCGCCAGUGAAGACGAAGACGAAGAUGAAAACGACGUCGACAGGCACACAGAAACAGAGGAGGAGUAA